GCGCCACCAGGGCCUGUCCUGUUGUAUUGGUUACACUGAAAUCUGUCAAGUUUUAACGUUUCCGAGCUGAAAUCUGCUUCAUUCACUGUUAAAGGAAGCUCGGCGGUGGUGAGCUGUUGGCUGUGGACGUCCAUAUUGUUCCGGUUCAAGCAACACCACAGACCUCUUAGCCUCUGACUGCAGUGUGAUGAAGCAUACACACCAGUGGUGCCAGACUCCCCCAUCAGUAACUGUCAGGGUCAAACCCAACAGUUCUCACACACGUCAAAUCAGAAGAUGUCUCCAGCUAAAAAGAGCCAGCGGCCAAGACGUCCAGGGCCCACCUGGGACGAACCAGCCAAACCAGCAUCAGGAUGAGGAGCACUAUACCAAAAUACCCAUGCCUCCCACUAUUGUCAUCCAGCGGCAGGAAAUGGCAUCUUACUUCAGACUUUUUGAUAAUGACCUUAUUCAAGACUUCCUGUGGAUGGACUGUUGCCGUAAAAUGACAGACAAGUACCUUCUAGCCAUGACCUUUGUGUACUUCAAAAGGGCCCACUUCACUAUUGCUGAAUACACCAAGAAGAAUUUUUUCAUUGCACUGUAUCUUGCCAACACCAUGGAGGAGGAUGAGGAGGAGAGUAAGUAUGAGAUUUUUCCAUGGGCGCUGGGCAAAAACUGGAGGAAGCUCUUUCCCCGCUUCCUCAAGCAGCGAGACAAGCUGUGGGUUCGCAUCAAGUACAGAGCUGCUGUCAGCAGGCGCUGCUGUGAAGAGGUGAUGGCCAUUGUGCCCUCUCACUUUGUGUGGCAGCGAGACAGAUCAGUGCUCCACAGCGGUGCGCAGCGACAGUAUGGUGAGCAAGACCAUGUCCGUUUUCCCCGUGGGCCUUCUGCCGCCCUGAUCUCCUGUGCCCUCUGUAACAGCAGCGCCAAGUUAGAUCAGGGCCUGGGCUCCUCUUCUCCCUACAGAGGCUCUUCUGCACAGACCGCAGAUACCACCUAUCCACACCCAUUCACCUCCUUGCUGACAUUGGAGACCACCCCACUCAGGGCUGCAGUCUCUUGCAAGAAAGCAGUGGAAACUAAAAGCUACAUGCAACCUUUGUCCUGCUGCUGUGCUCAAGAGGCUCCUGGCUGUGAGUCUUCUUGUGGAUCUGCAUACGACACCACCAUGGACUGGAUCAAUGAGGAGUAGAGCGUCACUAGCGCACCAGUUUUACUGCUUCCCUCUUUACACUGACUGAGCAGUUCCAUGAAUUAUCUUCUCUCUUCUUUAAUUCCACAUUUACUGUUAGGUAAAGGUCUGAAUCACUAGUUUGUGUUUAUCUCCUCUGCAAACACGGUACUGAUUUUAUCUAAACAGGUAAGAACAAAGUUAACUCCACAUCACGCUCUGAUGGAAACAUGCAGUUAGAUUAAUGUGAUUUGCCAAAGAGUAUUAUUGUAAAGGUUUGUUUAAGCUACACUGAGUUCCUGCUAUUUAUUUACAUAUUUAUUUAUUUGUUAUUUAUUUAUUGAAGCACCUCUGGAUUUGUUUUUCGACAACCACUUAUUCACAGAUGGUAAAACAUGUUGUCAGUAACUGAGUUUCUGACAUUUUGGCUGAACUCAGUUGUAGCCAUUGAUGGAUACGUGUCUACAAC